GGAAGGGCGGGGCGGGGCGGGCGGCGUUCAGCAGAGCUGGGUGCGGUGAGGCGCGCAGAGCACCGCGGUUCCUGGGCAGGGCACGGAAGGCUCAAGAACCUGAGCUGCUGCGGCUCGAGUCUCGCGUUCGCUCCACCCCGCCGCGCCGCCCGAGCGCUCGCGAAAGUCCUCUCUGUAGAACCAGCGCCUGUUCCCCGGGCAAACCCAGGUUCAGGUCCUGGCCCUAAGUCACCAUGGCCCAGCAGGCUGCAGACAAGUACCUCUAUGUGGAUAAAAACUUCAUCAAUAACCCGCUGGCCCAGGCCGACUGGGCUGCCAAGAAGUUGGUCUGGGUGCCUUCCGACAAGAAUGGCUUUGAGCCAGCCAGCCUCAAGGAGGAGGUGGGUGAGGAGGCCAUCGUGGAGCUCGUGGAGAAUGGAAAGAAGGUGAAGGUGAACAAGGAUGACAUCCAGAAGAUGAACCCGCCCAAGUUCUCCAAGGUGGAGGACAUGGCAGAGCUCACGUGCCUCAACGAAGCAUCGGUGCUUCACAACCUCAAGGAACGUUACUACUCAGGGCUCAUCUAUACCUACUCAGGCCUGUUCUGUGUGGUCAUCAACCCUUACAAGAACCUGCCCAUCUACUCAGAGGAGAUUGUGGACAUGUACAAGGGCAAGAAGAGGCACGAGAUGCCGCCCCACAUCUACGCCAUCACAGACACCGCCUACAGAAGCAUGAUGCAGGAUCGGGAAGACCAGUCCAUUCUGUGCACGGGUGAGUCUGGAGCAGGCAAGACCGAGAACACCAAGAAAGUCAUCCAGUACCUGGCACAUGUGGCAUCCUCACACAAGAGCAAGAAGGACCAGGGCGAGCUGGAGCGGCAGCUGCUGCAGGCCAACCCUAUCCUGGAGGCCUUCGGGAACGCCAAGACCGUGAAGAACGACAAUUCCUCACGAUUCGGUAAAUUCAUUCGCAUCAACUUUGAUGUCAAUGGUUACAUCGUGGGUGCCAACAUUGAGACUUAUCUUUUGGAGAAAUCUCGCGCCAUCCGCCAAGCCAAGGAGGAGCGGACCUUCCACAUCUUCUACUACCUGCUGUCCGGGGCCGGGGAGCACCUGAAGACUGACCUCCUGCUAGAGCCAUACAACAAAUACCGCUUCCUGUCCAAUGGGCAUGUCACCAUCCCUGGGCAGCAGGACAAGGACAUGUUCCAGGAGACAAUGGAGGCCAUGAGGAUUAUGGGCAUCCCAGAGGAUGAGCAGAUGGGCUUGCUGCGGGUCAUCUCAGGAGUCCUUCAGCUUGGCAACAUCGUCUUCAAGAAGGAACGGAACACUGACCAGGCGUCCAUGCCCGACAACACAGCUGCUCAAAAGGUGUCCCACCUCCUGGGGAUCAAUGUGACCGAUUUCACCAGAGGCAUCCUCACCCCUCGAAUCAAGGUGGGAAGAGACUAUGUGCAGAAGGCACAGACUAAAGAGCAGGCUGACUUUGCCAUUGAGGCCUUGGCCAAGGCUACCUAUGAGCGGAUGUUCCGCUGGCUGGUGCUUCGCAUCAAUAAAGCUCUGGACAAGACCAAGAGGCAGGGUGCCUCAUUCAUCGGGAUCCUGGACAUUGCCGGCUUCGAGAUCUUUGAUCUGAACUCCUUCGAGCAGCUCUGCAUCAACUACACCAACGAGAAGCUGCAGCAGCUCUUCAACCACACCAUGUUCAUCCUGGAGCAGGAGGAGUACCAGCGCGAGGGCAUCGAGUGGAACUUCAUCGACUUCGGCCUCGACCUGCAGCCCUGCAUCGACCUCAUCGAGAAGCCAGCAGGCCCCCCAGGCAUCCUGGCCCUGCUAGAUGAGGAGUGUUGGUUUCCCAAAGCCACCGACAAGAGCUUCGUGGAGAAGGUGGUGCAGGAGCAGGGCACCCACCCCAAGUUCCAGAAGCCCAAGCAGCUGAAGGACAAGGCUGACUUCUGUAUCAUCCACUAUGCUGGCAAGGUGGAUUAUAAAGCUGAUGAGUGGCUGAUGAAGAACAUGGACCCUCUGAAUGACAACAUCGCCACGCUGCUUCACCAGUCCUCGGACAAGUUCGUCUCCGAGCUGUGGAAGGAUGAAUCAGUGGAUCGAAUCAUUGGCUUGGACCAGGUGGCUGGCAUGUCUGAGACAGCCCUACCCGGUGCCUUCAAGACACGGAAGGGCAUGUUCCGGACCGUUGGGCAGCUGUACAAGGAGCAGCUGGCCAAGCUCAUGGCCACGCUGAGGAACACCAAUCCCAACUUCGUCCGCUGUAUCAUUCCCAACCACGAGAAGAAGGCUGGCAAACUGGACCCACACUUGGUGCUGGACCAGCUGCGCUGCAACGGCGUCCUUGAGGGCAUCCGCAUCUGCCGCCAGGGCUUUCCCAACAGAGUGGUCUUCCAGGAGUUCCGGCAGAGGUAUGAGAUCCUCACUCCUAACUCCAUUCCGAAGGGCUUCAUGGACGGGAAGCAGGCGUGUGUGCUGAUGAUCAAAGCCUUGGAGCUUGACAGCAACCUGUACCGCAUUGGCCAGAGCAAAGUGUUCUUCCGGGCAGGGGUGCUAGCCCAUCUGGAGGAAGAGCGCGACCUGAAGAUCACCGACGUCAUCAUUGGCUUCCAGGCCUGCUGCAGGGGCUAUCUGGCCAGGAAGGCCUUUGCCAAGAGGCAGCAGCAGUUGACCGCCAUGAAAGUCCUACAGAGGAACUGCGCCGCCUACCUCAGGCUGCGUAACUGGCAGUGGUGGAGGCUUUUCACCAAGGUCAAGCCCGUGCUGAACUCCAUACGGCAUGAGGAUGAGCUGUUAGCCAAGGAGAUGGAACUAACAAAGAUGCGAGAGAAGCACCUGGUUGCCGAGAACAGGCUGACAGAGAUGGAGACCCUGCAGUCUCAGCUAAUGGCAGAGAAGCUGCAGCUUCAGGAGCAGCUGCAGGCAGAAACAGAGCUGUGCGCUGAGGCUGAGGAGCUCCGGGCCCGCCUGACAGCGAAGAAGCAAGAGCUGGAGGAGAUCUGCCAUGACUUGGAGGCUAGGGUGGAGGAGGAGGAGGAGCGUUGCCAGCACCUGCAGGCGGAGAAGAAGAAGAUGCAGCAGAACAUCCAGGAACUCGAGGAGCAGCUGGAGGAGGAGGAGAGUGCCCGGCAGAAGCUGCAGCUUGAGAAAGUGACCACCGAGGCCAAGCUGAAGAAGCUGGAGGAGGACCAGAUCAUCAUGGAGGACCAGAACUGCAAACUGGCCAAGGAGAAGAAGCUGCUGGAAGACAGAGUAGCCGAAUUCACUACCAACCUCAUGGAAGAGGAGGAGAAGUCCAAGAGUCUGGCCAAACUCAAGAACAAGCAUGAGGCGAUGAUCACUGACCUGGAAGAGCGCCUCCGGAGGGAGGAGAAGCAACGUCAGGAACUGGAGAAGACCCGCCGCAAGCUGGAGGGAGACUCCACGGACCUCAGCGACCAGAUCGCAGAGCUCCAGGCGCAGAUCGCCGAGCUCAAGAUGCAGCUGGCCAAGAAGGAGGAGGAAUUGCAGGCCGCCUUGGCCAGAGUGGAAGAAGAAGCUGCCCAGAAGAAUAUGGCCUUGAAGAAGAUUCGAGAACUGGAAGCUCAGAUUUCUGAGCUGCAGGAAGACCUGGAGUCUGAGCGAACCUCCAGGAAUAAAGCUGAGAAGCAGAAACGGGAUCUUGGAGAAGAGCUGGAGGCACUGAAGACGGAGCUGGAAGACACUCUGGAUUCCACGGCUGCUCAGCAGGAGCUGAGGUCAAAACGUGAGCAGGAAGUGAGCAUUCUGAAGAAGACUCUGGAGGAUGAGGCCAAGACCCAUGAGGCUCAGAUCCAGGAGAUGCGGCAGAAGCACUCCCAGGCCGUGGAGGAGCUGGCUGAGCAGCUGGAGCAGACGAAGCGGGUAAAAGCUACCCUUGAGAAGGCGAAACAGACCCUGGAGAACGAGCGAGGAGAGCUGGCCAAUGAGGUGAAGGUCUUGCUGCAGGGCAAGGGAGACUCGGAACACAAGCGCAAGAAGGUGGAGGCCCAGCUGCAGGAACUGCAGGUCAAGUUCAGCGAGGGAGAGCGCGUGCGCACUGAGCUGGCCGACAAGGUCACCAAGCUGCAGGUGGAACUGGACAGUGUGACUGGUCUCCUUAACCAGUCUGACAGCAAGUCCAACAAGCUCACAAAGGACUUCUCUGCACUGGAGUCCCAGCUUCAGGACACACAGGAACUGCUACAGGAGGAGACCCGCCAGAAGCUGAGCCUGAGCACCAAGCUCAAGCAGGUGGAGGAUGAGAAGAACUCCUUCCGAGAGCAGCUGGAGGAGGAGGAGGAGGCCAAACGCAACCUGGAGAAGCAGAUCGCCACCCUCCAUGCCCAGGUGACCGACAUGAAAAAGAAGAUGGAGGAUGGGGUAGGGUGCCUGGAGACCGCAGAGGAGGCGAAGCGGAGGCUCCAGAAGGACCUGGAAGGCCUGAGCCAACGGCAUGAGGAGAAGGUGGCCGCCUACGAUAAGCUGGAGAAGACCAAGACGCGGCUGCAGCAGGAGCUGGAUGACCUGCUGGUGGACCUGGACCACCAGCGGCAGAGCGUCUCCAACCUGGAGAAGAAGCAGAAGAAGUUCGACCAGCUCCUAGCUGAGGAGAAGACCAUCUCUGCCAAGUAUGCAGAGGAGCGCGACCAAGCCGAGGCCGAGGCCCGCGAGAAGGAAACGAAGGCUCUGUCGCUGGCCCGGGCCCUCGAGGAGGCCAUGGAGCAGAAGGCAGAGCUGGAGCGACUCAACAAGCAGUUCCGCACGGAGAUGGAGGACCUCAUGAGCUCCAAGGAUGACGUGGGCAAGAGUGUCCAUGAGCUGGAGAAGUCCAAGAGAGCCUUGGAGCAGCAGGUAGAAGAGAUGAAGACCCAGCUGGAGGAGCUGGAGGAUGAGCUCCAGGCCACCGAGGAUGCCAAGCUCCGUCUGGAGGUGAACCUGCAGGCCAUGAAGGCCCAGUUUGAGCGGGAUCUGCAGGGCCGGGACGAACAGAGCGAGGAGAAGAAGAAGCAGCUGGUCAGACAGGUACGGGAGAUGGAGGCAGAGCUGGAGGACGAGAGGAAACAGCGCUCAAUGGCCAUGGCGGCUCGCAAGAAGCUGGAGAUGGAUCUGAAGGACCUGGAGGCGCACAUUGACACGGCCAAUAAGAACCGGGAGGAGGCCAUCAAACAGCUGCGGAAGCUCCAGGCCCAGAUGAAGGACUGCAUGCGGGAGCUGGAUGACACGCGUGCAUCCCGAGAGGAGAUCCUGGCGCAGGCCAAGGAGAACGAGAAGAAGCUCAAGAGCAUGGAGGCUGAGAUGAUCCAGCUGCAGGAGGAACUGGCAGCCGCCGAGCGUGCUAAGCGCCAGGCCCAGCAGGAGCGGGAUGAGCUGGCCGACGAGAUCGCCAACAGCAGUGGCAAAGGGGCCCUGGCGUUGGAGGAGAAGCGGCGACUAGAGGCCCGCAUUGCCCAGCUGGAGGAGGAGCUGGAGGAGGAGCAGGGUAACACGGAGCUCAUCAACGACCGGCUGAAGAAGGCCAACCUGCAGAUCGACCAAAUGAACACCGACCUGAACCUGGAGCGCAGCCAUGCCCAGAAGAAUGAGAAUGCGCGGCAGCAACUUGAACGUCAGAACAAGGAGCUCAAGGCCAAGCUGCAGGAGAUGGAGAGUGCUGUCAAGUCCAAGUACAAGGCCUCCAUCGCUGCCCUGGAGGCCAAGAUUGCACAGCUGGAGGAACAGCUGGACAACGAGACCAAGGAGCGCCAGGCAGCCUCCAAGCAGGUGCGCCGGACGGAGAAGAAGCUGAAGGAUGUGCUGCUGCAGGUGGAAGACGAGCGGAGGAAUGCGGAGCAGUUCAAGGACCAGGCCGACAAGGCGUCCACCCGCUUGAAGCAGCUUAAGCGGCAGCUGGAGGAGGCCGAAGAGGAGGCCCAGCGGGCAAACGCCUCCCGCCGGAAGCUGCAGCGUGAGCUGGAGGAUGCCACGGAGACGGCCGACGCCAUGAACCGAGAAGUCAGCUCCCUGAAGAGCAAAUUGAGGCGCGGGGACCUGCCGUUUGUCGUGACCCGCCGACUUGUCCGGAAAGGCACCGGCGAUUGUUCCGAUGAAGAGGUUGAUGGCAAGGCAGAUGGGGCUGAGGCCAAGCCAGCUGAGUAGGAUCUUCUGCUGCCUGAGACGACAGACAGACAGACAGACGGCUCCGCCUCCCCUCCCCAGCCCUCCACACCCUUGCCUUGAGACUGCUCUGACCAUGACCGCCCCCUCCUCCCAGGCCUUCCUGAGGGCAUUGGCUUCCUCUGCUGCAGCCUUUUCCUUACCCCUCAAGAAUCUGAUACCAAAGAGUCCAGGCUGGCUCAGGCUGGUGACCAGCAAGGUUUUGCCCCACUUGUCUGAAGGCACAGGUGGUGGGCAAGAAGGGCAGCCACGGGAGCGGGCAUGAGAGUUUUCUAUGAAUCUAUUUUUUCUUCAGAUAAAGGUUUUACUAGCUCAGGCCCUCCGGAAGUGUUGUCACCCCCCCCCCUGCUGUCUCCCCCCCCCCCCCCCCCCUCCUUCCUCUGCUGUUGGCAAUCACACAUGGUGACCUCACACCUGCCCUAUGGCCCCCUUCCCUGGGCCCUUCCUUGACCAGAAGGAACAGUCCAGGGCUUCUGCCUCUGUGCUGGGUGCAGAACAUGGCAUACUCGGGGCAUCCCCCGACUCCCUUCUGGGUAGCACUGGGGCAUCCGCUCCUUCUGAUGAUCAGAUGUCUCAAGUGCAAUGCCCUUCCCCUCCCUUGCCCAGGGCAGACUGUCCUGGCACCGGGGCAACCAGACAGGGCAUCAGGGCCACACUGGAAAGGCCAACAGCCUUCCGGUGGCAUCUCCCAGCACCCUAGGGGACCAAAUGUAUUUAAUGGUUAAGGGACUUGCAGGCCCGGCAGCCAGAAUAUCCAAGAGCUGGGGCCCACACUGUGCACACCUAGGCCUCUCCUAGGGCAGCCCAGAGGUGGCUGAGCUGCACCCGCCGACGCUAGAGCUUCAGAUCUGCCUUCCACGUGGAUGGUUUUGAAAGAAAAAAGGGUUUUUCUUUUUUCCUCUUUUGGAGUCAAUGCUACAGUUCUGGGUGUUUUCACUGCCUUUUCCCUGGAACUGUUUAGAAGAAAGUAGCCUGUUCGGCAAUGGUCUACACUGGUUGCUGAAUUUCCCUGUGCGCCUCACUGCUGUGUAAAUGCUGCGUUUAGACUCCUUUAUGGCAAGAAGGCUUUUGUUUUGUUUUGUUUUGUUUUGUUUUGUUUUUUUUAAAGGGAAAAAAAACCAAACGAAAUCAAACCAUGAAGCUAUGCCGGAAAAGCUCUGAAUUCAAGUCCCAGUUGCUGUCACGAAGGAGUGUGUGGGAUUCGCACCCCCUUUUUUUAUAUAAUAAAAGUGCCUUAGCAUGUGUCGCGGCUGUCACCACUACAGUAAGCUGGUUUACAGAUGUUUCCACUGAGCGUCACAAUAAAGACUACCAUGUCCUA